GUUCCAGAUGUGACACGGAUUGUCAGUUCAGUUAUUCAAGUAUGAGGAGAGGCACUGCGGCUGUGGUCAUGCAAGCCAAUGGAUUUUUUUUUUACAAGGAGUGUGCGUGUUCGAAUACCGCAUGCACGUCAACGAAAAUUAUAAACCGUAAAGUAAUACAUCCCUGUACUACUACUACAUCGACUACCACAUCCACAACUUCCACCACCACAACCACAACCACAGUGGCUCCGGCCCGUCGCUAAAAGACGCUGCAUCUUUUCGGCAGUCCAUUCAACCAACCUAAGGCGAAUUCAA